GGGUCUGAAGGGUUUAAGAAGCUGGUAGCCGCAAUCAAUUGGUUUCACACCCAGUUGAACUUGAUUCUCCUGCGGCGGUACAGCUCAAUUCACUGAAGCCCUACCUCGCCUAUCAGCUACCCACCCAUCCCCAUUCAACAUGACGGUUCCAGACGAGGUUGAUAUCAUUGUCUGCGGUGGAGGGUCGUGCGGAUGCGUCGUCGCUGGACGACUGGCGAACUUGGACCACAACCUCCAGGUCCUCUUGAUUGAGGGCGGGGAGAACAACCUGAACAACCCAUGGGUUUUCCGUCCGGGUAUCUACCCUCGGAAUAUGAAAUUGGACAGCAAGACUGCUUCGUUCUACUACUCGCGACCUUCGGAAUGGCUUGAUGGACGACGAGCCGUGGUGCCCUGCGCCCACAUUCUGGGAGGCGGGUCCUCUAUUAAUUUCAUGAUGUACACUCGUGCUUCCGCUUCGGACUAUGAUGACUUCCAGGCGAAGGGCUGGACCACCAAGGAAUUGAUUCCGUUGAUGAAGAAGCAUGAGACCUACCAGCGUUCCUGCAACAACCGCGACAUUCACGGAUUUGAGGGUCCCAUCAAGGUCUCGUUCGGCAACUACACGUACCCGAUCAAGGAGGAUUUCCUGCGCGCCUCCGAGUCCCAGGGUAUUCCCACGACCGACGACCUCCAGGACUUGGUUACCGGACAUGGUGCUGAGCACUGGCUGAAGUGGAUCAACAGGGACACUGGAAGGCGGUCUGACAGCGCACACGGCUACAUCCACAGCACUCGUGCCGUGCACCAGAAUCUGCACUUGGCGUGCAACACCAAGGUCGACAAGGUCAUCAUUGAGGGUGGCCGCGCCGUCGGCGUCAACACCGUCCCCACCAAGCCUCUUGCUCCCGGCAAGACGCAGAACAAGGUCUACAGGGCCCGGAAGCAGAUCAUCAUCUCUGGUGGAACUCUGAGCUCACCGCUCAUUCUCCAGCGAUCUGGUAUCGGUGACCCAGAGAAGCUCCGCAAGGCUGGCGUAAAGCCUCUUGUCGAUCUUCCUGGUGUCGGCUUGAACUUCCAAGACCACUACUUGACAUUCUCUGUCUUCCGCGCCAAACCACAUGUCGAGUCCUUUGACGAUUUUGCCCGCGGCGACCCGAAGGUCCAGGAGCAGGUGUUCCAACAAUGGAAUAUCAACGGCACCGGCCCGUUGGCCACGAACGGUAUCGAGGCUGGUGUUAAGGUCAGGCCGACAGAGGAAGAACUGAAGCAGAUGGACUCUUGGCCUUGCAAAGAGUUCAGGUCCGGCUGGGAUAGCUACUUUAAGGAGAAGCCCGACAAGCCAGUCAUGCACUACUCCGUCAUCGCUGGCUGGUUCGGUGACCACAUGCUCAUGCCUGCGGGCAAGUUCUUCACCAUGUUCCACUUCUUGGAGUACCCGUUCUCGCGAGGAUCGACCCACAUCGUCUCGCCGAACCCCUACGAGGCCCCCGACUUCGAUGCCGGCUUCAUGAAUGAUAAGCGGGAUAUGGCGCCCAUGGUCUGGGGCUAUAUCAAGUCCCGAGAAACUGCGCGAAGGAUGGAGGCAUAUGCCGGAGAAGUCCAGGCUAUGCACCCAUUCUACUCCUACGACAGCCCCGCCAGGGCUAAGGAUAUGGAUCUUGCUACCACGAACGCGUAUGCUCUACCCGGCAACGUCACCGCUGGUAUCCAGCACGGGUCUUGGAGCAUGCCCGUGGAGAAGGGUCGCGCCCCGGAGCCCAGCAUGCUCAACUCCAACUCUCAGCCUCAGUACGAGGACCUCCAGUACUCCAACGAGGACAUCAAGCACAUCGAAGAUUGGGUCAAGCGCCACGUUGAAACCACCUGGCACUCCCUCGGCACAUGCUCGAUGGCGCCCAAGGAAGGCAACUCGAUCGUCAAGCACGGUGUGCUCGAUGAGCGCCUGAGCGUCCACGGAGUUAAGGGCCUCAAGGUUGCUGACUUGUCGAUCUGCCCAGACAACGUCGGCUGCAACACGUAUUCGACCGCUCUCCUCAUCGGCGAGAAGUGCGCUGUACUUACUGCUGAGGACCUGGGCUACUCUGGCGCUGCGCUCGACAUGAAGGUCCCGCCGUACCAUGCGCCGCGUGAAAUCACCGGGCUUGCGAGGUUGUAAAAAUGCUAUGGAGAGAUGGGAAAGUGGAAGAUGCGAGAACGACAGAUAGCACGGGGGGAGGAACUUUGGGUAGCAGCAUGUGA